AUGUUCAACAGCGAACAAGCCGGACGGCAAACCGCGCCGGCACUUAGGACCUUGCUUAGGACUUUAGACUGUUGAGUGCCACUUGCCAGAUCAAGGGCACAUCGAGGGAAAGUAGUUGGAGCAGCAAGCUGCUGUCUGCUGACAUGACCUCGGCUGACCGAAGAGCUCUCCGAUCAUUCAUAUUUAUGCGUCUAUCGGCACCCGAUGAACAUUUGCUCUGCCGUAUGACGUCACACCAGCGUACGGCGGCGCUGAUUGGCCGCCGGCGGCGCCAAGGCCGUCUGUACGCUGAGCCGUCGGUAGCGACUCUGACGGUUGUCAGUCGACGGUCGGAGCCCCGGAGCCGGCAGCCGACGCGACAGUGGCGAGCGGACGGUGCGCGGCGCGUGCUGAUGGGUGGCCGGGACGGCGGCGGCGCCAUGGAUGUGUACCCGAGCGGCAACAUCUUCCAGGAGCUGAAGCUGGUGCUGGACAAGGGCUGCUUCCUCUCGUCGUGCUCGCUGGAGGAGCGCUGGCAACAGACAUGUUACGAGAUGGAGAAGUACCUGAAGGACGAGCCUAAGCUCAAGUCGUACAAGAAGCUGCCGUCCGAGCUGGACUCGGCGGCGGCGCGGUGGAAGUCGGAGCCGGAGCCGGACGACGGCGAGUACCUGUUCUCGUCGCGCGACUCGCUCGACUCGCUCAGCGUCAGCUCCGGCUCGUCGGCCAACUGGGAGACGGCCAGCGUCAAGACGGAGGAGCCCGAGUCCGAGAGCGACUCGGAGAUGGAGGACGCCGCCGGCCGGCUGCUGGCCCACUCGCUCACGCCGCCCUCCAGUCCCGAGUGGCCGUCGGCGGCCCGGCUGGCCGGCCGCGGCACGCUCCAGGUGCGCUUCACGUCGCGCGCCGGCGGCCUCAUCUCGUGCCUGCCGGGCCUGUCGCUCAAGGCGGGCCACGGCCGGCCGGCGCGCGCCGACUCCUCUCCAGAUGGCAAGCGGCGGAUACACAAGUGCCUCUUUUCCGGCUGCAAGAAGGUCUACACCAAGUCGUCCCACCUCAAGGCCCACCAGCGGACACACACAG